GGUCAUCUCUGGUGCUGUUGAUAUAAACCGGUUGCUCUUGUUACGGCUAUCCCCUUGACCUGUUCUCAGCAUGCGUCCUCUCACCGAGGCGGAGACGAAAACCCUGUUCUCCAAGCUUGCGAACUACACGGGUAGCUCCCUGAACCACCUCAUAGCUCCUCCCUCCUCUUCGGAAGGCGGCCAAUCCGAAGAUGAAAGACAUGUCUUCCGCCUACAUGGAUCUCGAGUCUACUAUGUCCGCCUUUCUAUAGCCAAUCUCGCAACAUCCAUCGCGCGCGACAACCUACUCUCCGUCGGUACCUGUAUAGGAAAAUUCACAAAGACGGGCAAAUUUAGACUGCACAUUACAGCUCUAGACGUUAUCGCACCUCAUGCAAGAUAUAAGGUGUGGAUUAAGCCGAACGGAGAGAUGCCAUUCCUCUAUGGUGGAAAUGUUGUUAAGGCGCAUGUUGGACGGUGGAGUGACGACUGCCCGGAGCACCAGGGCGUGGUGGUGAUGUCAAUGGAUGAUACUCCUCUGGGAUUCGGAGUAACAGCCCGUUCGACGGCAGAAGCGCGUCGGUUGGACCCGACUGGAAUUACGACAUUUAGACAAGGCGAUAUUGGGGAAUAUCUAAGAGAGGAAGACACGCUGUUCCAGACAACAUAAAUGUGUUUUUCAAUUUGUGUUUAUGUCUACUACAUUAUCAGUUUUGGCGUUGGAAGGCACUUGGGUUCAGUUGACAUACAUAGGCGAGCCAAAAGCAAAUGUUACCAAUUUCGAAAGG